CCCACUCCCCUCCCCUACUUUUACAUCGCAGAUGGAAGGAGAAACCCUCACGUGUGUAGGAGUAGGCGGGUAAGGACUACUGAAGGAGCGGAGAAGAGAGGUGGUAAGUGUGCUUCGGUUAAAGGAAGACAAAAAUGCAGACCGAACCGUCGCUUUGGGAUGAGAAGAAGGCCUAUGAGGAACUCUUAUACUGGGAUAGUUUAAUAGAAGAUGGCCACCGACUACACCCUCACGAUUUUGACAGGUAUGAGGAUCUGCGUUACUGGUAUGACUGCCUGUACUAUGACGAGGAGCUCAGAAAGUACAAUGAUUACAUUGCAGCCAUCCAUGAGCAGGAGAAUCAGCAUGCCUUUGCCCCACAAGCCCCCCCCGCACCACCCAACCGCUUGUUUGCCAGUGCGGACCGUUACAUGAUGAUGAAGCACACCGAUAUCUACCCCCCGGCAGAGGAGCUGGAGGCUGUGCAGACCAUGGUGGGACAUGUGGAGUGUGGCCUGAAGGCUGUGGCUGAUUGGAUGAACGAGCAGGAUAUGAUGCGGUCUGCUGAGAGCGAGCCUUCCCGCACCUUGCACGGGGUGUUCCGAGUGGGCCUGGUGGCCAAGGGCUUGCUGCUGAAGGACGAUCUGGAGCUGGAGCUGGUGCUGCUGUGUAAAGACAUCCCCACCAAUUCCCUGGUCAUGAUGGUGACGGGCAAACUCUCAUUACAGCUGAAGAGCAUCGCCGAUGAGGACUAUACUGUCACGCCGUGUCCUAAGGAGGCCUGCAUUAAGAUCAAGACUGCAACAGAACCAGUGCUGACCCUCGUGGUCCACGUGACCUCCCCAGAAGUCAGGCAGCAGGCCGAGCAUGGAGAAAUGCAAUCGGUCAGCCCUCCACCGGACGCCCUGGACAGGCAGAAAUGCCUGGAUGCCUUGGCGUCUCUCCGCCACACCAAGUGGUUCCAGGCCAGAGUGAAUGAGCUGAAGUCCUGCGUGGUGGUCAUCCGCAUCAUGAGAGACAUCUGCACCUGCGUUCCUUCCUGGUUCCCUCUGAAAGGAUGGGCCCUGGAGCUGCUGUGUGAAAAGGCCAUCAGGACCUGCGAGAGGUCUUUGGGAGUCGCUGAAGCGCUUCGCCGCGUCCUUGAGUGCGUGUCGUCUGGAAUCCUGCUCGAAGACGGCCCAGGCCUCAAAGACCCCUGUGAGUCAGAGCCCACCGACGCCGCCGGCCACAUGACCGGCCAGGAGCGAGAGGAACUUACUGCAAGCGCCCAAAAAGCCUUAAGACUGGUUGCGUUCGGACAGUUUCACACGGUGCUGGGUAUGAAGCGACUCAAUUACACACCCAAGGCCGCCCGAGGGAGGGUGCUGGGUGGAGGAGGUAUGGUCCGUAAGCCUGUGGAGCUAAUGCCGGCCCCACCAUCGAAGAGACCCAUUGAAGAUGGAAUUGAUAUCAGCAUCCCAAACAAGAAGAAGAAAUUUCAGAAGCCUCUGAAGAAACCCACCGCAGCGGAGCAGAGCACCCUUCCUCAGAGCUCCGUGGUCAUGCUGAAGCUCAAUAAGAUGCGCCCGGGCCUCCUGUACCGGCUGGUCUCCCAGACGGGCCCCGUGCACAUGCCUGUCUUCACCAUGGCUGUGGACAUCGAUGGCAAGACCUACGAGGCCUCCGGGCCCUCCAAGCGCCUGGCCAAGCUGCAGGUGGCCCAGAAAGCUCUGGAGGGGUUGGGUGUUCGUCUGGCUCCGGACAAGAAGGCAGCGGCCCCAAUACACCCCGUAGUCAAGGAGGAGCAGGAGGAGCCGCCUGUCGUGCCCACAGCACCAGCACCAGCUCCAGCUCCUGCUCCUGCCUCAGCACCAGAGGAGAGCACUGAGCAGGCGCAGUCUGCCUUCCAGGCUGGCCCCAUCCUCACCAAGCACGGCAAGAACCCGGUGAUGGAGCUCAACGAGCUGCGCCGAGGCCUCAAGUACGAGCUGGUGUCCGAGACGGGCAGCAGUCACAUCAAGAGUUUCGUCAUCGAGGUGGAGGUUGAUGGGCAGAAGUUCCAGGGCACGGGUUCGAGUAAGAAGCUGGCCAAAGCCAACGCAGCCAUGGCCGCCUUGGAGAAGGUCAUGCAGGCCAGCGUCCCUUUUAAGAAGAAGAAACCUCCCAUGCAGUAUGGCUCAGGCUUCGGUGCUCAGGCAGGAGCUGUUCGCGGCAGGGGGCGGGGCCGGGGGCGGGGCCUGAACCACACCACCACCAACUACUCAGCUGGUGGUAUGGGAACCUACGGCUACGACAGCACCUCCACGCCCAUGUACAGCAGCACUUACGACCCAACCUCCACCAGCACCGGAGCCCCGACCAGCGUCUCCGAGGCCCGAGCCGCCGCCUCCUCUACUGCUGCUGCGGGCGGCCCAGCGUUGGCCUCCUACAUGUCUGGCUACGGCAGCUACGCCAGCAGCACGGUGGUGACCGCCUCUGGCCCCAAAGCUGCCGCCCCUGCCACCACCGCCUACCCAGCCCCUUACAGCCAAACCUACGCCCCCUACAAGAAGCCCUCGGCCACUCAGCCUCCAGUGGUGGGGCCUGACUAUGGGUACGGUUACCCCCGGCACACGGCAGAGGCUCCAACCGCCACGGACUACAGCUAUGGAGCUUAUGCCGGCCAGAUGUCCUACGGCGUGCCAGGAGCUCAGGGCUACGGCUACAGCCAGUCAGCCUAUCCCAACAUCGGGGGCUAUGCCACCGGAUCCACAUACACCUACAAAUAGAUGGCCUGCAGCCGUGAUCUACCCUCACUGUGCUUUCAGUGCUGGGAAUGAGCUCACUCGCUUCAAAUCAAAUGUACAGCAUCUCAAAUCAAGCAUGGCUUUCUCUUUUCUGAUUUCUUUUUUUUGUUUGUUUGUUUUUUUGUUUUUUUUUGUUUAGUUUUUUUUGUUUUUUUUCAUUAUCAUUUUUUGAUCAAGGUCCAUGCGUUGUUUGUUCUAGGUGAUGUUCCAGAAUUUGGUUUGAUUUAGCUUCUUCGCUAUUUCAGCGAGGCUUAACUGCAGGUCCCGUCUCUCGGCUUUUAUUACCAGUUUUUUCCCAUAUCAUCUGUUGAUAUUUAUAAGAUGUGUCUGUCUGGAAAUUGAUUGUAACGGAAAUGAAUUAUAAACUGUGACUGGUCAGGAUUCUGUUCCUAUCUGGGAAAAGAGGAAGUCAGCAUGUGUUAAAAAAAUCUUUUAUUUUCCGUUUGGGGGAGGGGGGGGCAAAAGGUUUGUCAUCCCCCCCCCUCUUUUGUGAUCAGUGUGUUUAACGGGCUGGGCACCGAAGCUGUUGUACAUAAGAAGGUGUGUAGUGGGUCAAGCCACUGCUGCUGACUUUAUUUUGUAUCAAAUUCAGUCACAUUCUCGGGUUAAUGAUUUGUUUUUUUGUGAAUGUAGCCAAGUGGCAAGAUCUUUCCAAACUAAGUACAGAACGAUCAGACUUUUCUUAACAAAUGGAUAGUUUGUUGUUGUUUUCCAAGUUGUUUCAAAUUUAAUGAGGUUUCUAAAUAAUAAAGAGUUUUGUAUUUUCA